AUGUCUCCCAACGCUUUCAGCCUCUCCUCGGCCUUGUGCCUUUUCCUUGCUCUCGGGCCUGCUGCCGUCCUGUCGGCUCCUCAGCUGGGCGGCUUGCCUAUUCUUGGUGGUGACAACACCGAUCCUGCUCCUACCACUGGUGACAGUGAGCACGAUGCUGGCGCUGGUAUCGCCGUCGGUAUCCCCGGUGGACCUGGCGUUGUCCUGGGCGCCGGCGACCAUAGCCAGCAGCACGGCCCCUGUGGCCCAGGCGUGAACUCUCAGCACGAUUCUGGUGCUGGCAUCCUCGUCGGUAUCCCCGGCGGACCCGGCGUUGCCCUCGGUGCAGGCACCCACGACCAGCACAACGCCUACCCAUGCCCUGAGCCCGAGAUCGUGGCCACUCCUGUCCCUGUCGUUGUUGUCCCUGGAGCUUCUACUACUACUCAGGCCCCUGCCGUUCCUGUUGUCACUGCCGCUCCUCCUCCAGUUGUCCCUCCUCCAGUGGCUCCUGCUCCAGUGGUUCCUGCUCCAGUGGUUCCUGCUCCAGUGGUUCCUGCUCCAGUGGCUCCUGCUCCAGUGGCUCCUGCUCCAAUGGUCCCCUCUCAAGUGGUCUCUCCUCCCACUUGGACUACUCCUAUCGUCAUCCCUACCACAACUGCUCCUGCCUACAUGGCUCCCUCCGUUGUCCCAGUCCACUCGACUCCUCUCAUCCCUCGCCCUGGACCCUCAACUACCCCCUCCAUUCCCUCCGGCAUCCCGGCCUACAACGCCGGCUCGGCCAUCUCCCCGAGCUCCUCGCUCCUGGCCCUCGCUCUUCCCAUCGUGCUCGGCCUCUUCUACUAA